GGUCGGCGUGCCAGUGGAACUUUUGAUGAUGAACUGACAUUUGUGAAAUGGUUAAACUUGGGCGCCGUCCUGCGUCGUGUUUACGUUAAAGAUGUCUACACAAUUAUAUUAUAACAAAACUUCAUAUUUUUCUUACUAAAUAAUUUGGGGGGGGGUGCGAGAAAGACAGACAGGGGGAGAGUGAGGAUGUUGAUCUAGUUCCCUGACUUGCUCCCCUAAAUAGUCUGUCCAAUGGAGGGAGAUGCCAAGGUUCCCCCAACCCCUUUCUGUAAUCCCCCUCACAGCGAACCUCCACCCCACCUUCUCCCUCUUUCCUCCAUCACCCCCAGCUGUGAAGAUGGCAAAAAGCCUGGUGACAGGAGGAGGAGUGGGCGCAUUCAGAAGACACCGAAGAAGCAGGAGCCCAAAGACACAGUGGCGGAGUCCAGACAAAAUACAUCCCCUGCCAAGAGGGAGAGCAGUGUGAUGCAAGUGUCUCAGUCCCUGUCAGUUAAGCUAAUGAGAGUUGAUCCCCUCGGCAAACAACCGCUAAAAAAGAGCGGUUUGGAUCUCAAUGUUGCAUCAGAAUGUCAAAUGUCUAAGAACAAAGACACAAAAGGCUCAAAUAACAAAGCGAUUCCAUCCUCUUCCACGUUAACUUUAGAUGUAAAUACUACUGGCAAGACUGAACAUGAUUUCAACCAAUCAGGCAUGGAGGUUGGCUGUGGAAAGUCCCCUGGAAGCCCGAGCUCUGUCAAGCGAUGGGUGAUUGGCCCAUUGUUUCAGUCAUUUAAAUCCAAGAUGGCCAGUUUCACACAGAUUGUCAUGAGUCCCGUCCGACUUUUCAAACCCAAUGGCUCCCCACCUGAACCAGAUGUAGACAUCUCCUCUGCCUCUCAUAGUUCUCACCAACAAGGACCUGGGUAUGAGCUAACCUCUGGCACAGUGCAACACUUGGAAGCUGGAAGAGGAGGAAAUGACCCUGCCUCUCAUAAACACUUAAAGUUCAGCAUGGAUCUAAAAACCCACGGCACUCCAGAAGAGGAUGAGUUUUCUCUUGAGGGGAAACAAAAUAUAAUGCCACCUGGAGAUGUGCAAAGGGACACCUGUAUGUCAAACAGCUCAGAAAAGGAGACCAAUAAUAAUGAUUCAUUACCUUGUAUGCAGCGUAGUCCUCUACUCAGAAGCAGUAUCAAGUGUGAUUCUGUAUCAACGGAGUCCCAGUUCAACUCAUGCUCUUCCAUGUCCUUUCAACCCCCUGACCCCUCAAGUUCCUCAAAUGGGUCCAAGCUGUCUCUCAUUGUUCAAAUGGAGGAGCAGGUGGAUUUGACAGGAGCUCACCGGAGACCAUUGCGUCGAAAAUGUGUUUUUCUAAAUGAAGCUGCAUCACAGAGCAGUCCCUCUGCUGCAAUUAACGCAUCUGAAGCAGACCGCAUCUCUAGUUUGCCAGCUGAAGUAGGAAUCUGUGAGCCCAAGGCUAAACGGCUUGCCACAAAAUCGUAUGUAGAGUACAAAAUCUGGGACUGUAUUGACAGUGAAACAUCUAGUCCAUUAUCAUCCUCUAUCUACAAUACCCAUUCUAAGAGUCUAUGCCAGGCAGAUGAUGACAGCAUAAAAGCUGUUGGUCUGCCUCAAGACCGAAACAUGUUGGUGUGUGGUUCCCAGUCACAUAUAUCUAUCCGGAAAAGUCCCAGAAAACCUGUAAACACAACACUGAACAACUGUGCCUCAGUCAGUCAGUGUCUUCAAAAGCAGAUAGAUGAGUGUGAAGGAAAGCAAGGCUAUAUGGCAGGCUCAGCAAAGGAAGUCAAGAGGAGAUGCAGAGCAACUCCUUUUACUGCGAUUAAGAGAGACGCAGAGAAAAAGAAAAGAGUGAAACUGACGAAAAGAGAGCGAUGUGAAGAGGUUAGAAAAGAAGAAACGGUAGCUGUUGAUUUAGAAAGUUACACAUUAACAUCGGUAGAGCACACAAGUGAUGUAGAACUUGUCCAGCCGGGGGUUGGAUCAAAACCGUGUGCAACUUCUAAAUCUCAGUCUCUUAAAAGUAGGGUGCUGCUUCGGGUUAGCCAGAGUUCUACCGUAUACAUUGAAACCACUCAAAAACCCUCUGGAACACAUGUACCUCUGAUGGAGGUGACGAAGGACAAAGGUAGAGGUCGAAGUGGGCGUUUUAAGAAAAAUAAGUCUCUCACAGUAAUGGCCACUUCAAGUAAUGGGAGUGUGCUAGAGCACAGUAAUGACAGUUUGUGUGACAACAGCAUAGCAGCCAGCAAUAGUAGGGGUAUGACCAGUGCCUUGAGUUAUGGUGACACUGACUCUAGUUCAGCAUGUAAUAUGGAAAUGGUAACUACCAUGACAACCGCUUUGAUGAAAGAAAAUCAUGAACUGCCCGUCUCUGAUCAGCACUUGGAAAUCAAGGGGAAGUGGCCUCAAACGGCAUCCAAAAAUCAGCAAAAAUACAUCUGUAAGAAGAGGAAGAUUUCCCCAGUGGUUGAAGUCGAGUCAUCUCAAAAUCAACAAAAGUGUCUGAAGUUGAAUGAGAUCGCUUCAGAAGAUCCACUGAAACCACCGAAACAAAAUAAAUCCAGGAGGUCUCAUAACUCAAGCUCAACCCAACAGCUUGGCACUUUUUCAGGGCUGACUGGUGUUGGUGCCGAUCACUUGCACUCUUUGAAGCCCAGCAAAGAUGACAAUGUCCAUGUAGCUUCUAGAUCUUCAGACGUUACACAACAGACAUUACAGACGACCGCAGUGGUGGCUGUCCACAAAGACGCAGGUUGGGGAGCAGAAAUGAGUGGGUCUGACUCUAGCAAGAGCCCAAAGAAGAGUCAGAAUGGAUCUAAUAAAAUGUCUGUCAGUGAUGCGUUACUGGUGGAUAAGAGGUUUGUGGAACCCCUUGGUGGACGUAAGAGAGUCAGGGGAGGUCCGUCCACAGAGGACAAUGCCGAGACAACUCAGUCCCUGCAACUUAAUCAAAUAACAGUUGAAGAAAAAAAGAGAACUGUGCCUUGGCCUGUGCGAACUUAUCCCAAAUGUUCAAUCAAGCUGAACAAAAAUAUGGUGAAACAUUCUAUGGCUUUGCAAGGAAAUUAUGUGGCAAUGGACUCUGAUGUAGAAGUGUUUUCCACUGCCUCUGAACCAACUAACCUUGGCCAGAACAAGACUGUUGACCAGGUGAUGGAGGAGGAGCAGGGGAAGGAGGAUGAGUGUUCCGAACUGCCUGUACCCUCUGAGACGAGGCUCAGGGGGAGGGGGCAAAAAAAGAAGCCAAAGAAAGCAGCUAAUCAAUGUAGGAAGCACAGGCCUGUGACUAGGAAGAGGGGGCGGGAAGAAGAGGAGAGAAAUACCGUGAUUGGUGAGCAGAUGGACUUUUCAUCAGAUAACAACACCACCCUUAACAAGCGUCUGUUGCGCAGCUACUCCUGCCCAGAGAUCCCUGCUCUCCUCCACCAUGACAGCCACUGGACCACCUCUCUGCAUGGCAGGAUCCUCUCCGUACCCCGGCUCCACCCCGCCCUCUUUCCUCCUGUCCCCACUCCUCCCGCACCGUCCAGACGUCCACGCCGUCAUACUGUCUCUAGUGUGGAAAUUGAGCGGGAGAUAGCUCCGUUAUGCCUGCGUAAAGAGGUGUUCCCCUCAAAAAGGUCCUAUUCAUUGGGCAACCCGUCCUACCACCUGUUACCCGGUGUGCCACUCUCCACUUCCAUCUCUGUCUGGGCCUCCUGCUUCCUGUCAAGCCCCCUGGCCUUCCUCUCCAGGAAAUUGCAAAAAGGAAGUCUAGCUGCCACUAGUAGUGCUUGCAGUCAUGAUACCUCCCCUUCCUCCUCUUCCAUUUCACCAUCCUGCUCUUCUGUACGUCACCUGUUCUCCAGUUCCGACCCCUGUGACCUGACAUCAUCCUCUGCUUCAGUCUCCUCCUUUUGCAGUGCAUUGUCAAAGAUUCCCUUGGAGAAUGAGACAAGCCAGCAGCAUGAGGAGGAUGGGGAGAAUGUGGAGGACAGAAACCGUUUCAGGAAUGAGUUCGAAGCCAUAGGGAUGAGAGAGGAAAAAGCAUUGUCAGAUUCUGAAAUUAAGUUGGAAACCGGCAAAUAUGAGGAACGAAGGAAAGUGUCAUCCAUUCGAAUUCGUAAAUCCUUACCCAAACCCCUCCACAACCUCACACCCAUGGGCCUGCCCAAGCCUAUCAGGGUGAAGAAGAAGGAGUUCAGUUUGGAGGAAAUCUACACUAAUAAAAACUUCACCAAGCCCCCUGAAAGACGUCUGGAGACCAUAUUUGAGGUGCCACUCAGUCGACGCGAUGGGUCUCAUUCCCUCCUUGGUCAGAAGCGCAUGAAACGUUUUGUGGAGUUCCCAGAGGUUGGUGUGGCCAGAAAGCCAAGGAAGCCACUUGUUGGUGCUGGGGCAGGGGGUGGUUUACCCAGGAAAGCUGGGGUUGGCUCUCCUUUUGGAAGGCCCAAGCGCGGGGGUUGCCUCUCUUCUAAAGAUCACCCCACCCUCAAUCUGCAGGAGCUUGAUUCACUUCUUUGCUCCAAGCUUGACCAGCUGGAUUCCUGGUUAGCUUUUGACCAGAAUAUCUGUUGACCAAUGCCAAUCAAAGGGGUACACAAUAGCACAUUUACAUUUUCGAAAAUAUUGUUAUUACAAAUUGCCCAGCCCGUUGCCUUCCAUCCAACAUCAAGCUCGUCCUCAUCUUCUGUAAUUGUUUACAAUGUUUUUCUUUUGUGGGGGUGUAUUAUUUACCUUCCAUUGAGUCGUUUAAAAUGAUAAUUGAAGAAUGUUUGUAUUUUCAUUGUGUACUAUUUGUAGAUAACGAUAUGGAAUAUACUGUUAUUGUAAUAUUUGAUUAUCUAUGGAUGUAAUGCAUUUUAUAUCAUUGGUUUAGGUCAGGGAGUGCAUAAGUGUUUGUAUUUAAAACUGCUACUAUUUCUGCACUCAGUUUUGUUGAUAAUCUGUAUUCUUAAUAUGCCAAAGCCUCAGCCUUUUAAUCAUUAUUAAACACGUUCUGCUUUAUUAAUCACUUGCUACUGAAUCCUACAUUUGGAAGCUCACAUGCAACUCAAAUCUUUGGGGAUAUUAUCCAUUGACAUCAAUGUAUAUUUACACAGCAGUUAUUGUAUGCACAUACUUCUCAAGUAAGGAUUCUUACUAGCCAAACAAUUUCCAGAUGAUAAUUCUCAAUUUAGCUGUAGGUGCAAACCUGUUAUUGGCAACUAGCAUCAAAUGGCAGCUACUUUCAAGAUAUAUUGAAUGUUGAAUUCUGUUUUUGGCCAAAUUACAGCUGUAAGAAAAUGUUUCUGGUUCUGACAAUCAGACUUCAUAUUUUCUUUUAGAACCGUCCUUUAAUUGUUGCCUGACUAUUCCUGCCAAUUCUUGCCUUGUAUACACAUUACAUUGUAUUGUUUUCUUCACCUCCGGAUCAUAACUAUAGCAAAUAAAAUGUAUAUUGUCCAUUUUAUACAUUUUUGUAAAAAAUUCUAUGUUGAAUUGUUACUUGUGUAAAAUUGAACGUAAACAUCAUGACACUCCAAUGAGUAUUUCUAUGGAAACAUUAACAUGAAUACUUUCAUCAAUGCAGUUUAAUGUUUUGUAUCAUUGUGGAUUGUAAUAUUUGUUUUGAUAGCAAUAUUUAAUUGAAAAUUGCUAGUAUAUACAAAUUACUUUUCUAUUACAUCACAUUUUUUGUAAUUAUAUUUCUGAAAAUAUUUGUCUUUACUGUGUGGUUUGUAUGCAUUUUUUUGUUACAGCUAGAGAGUGACUUUAUAUUAAGUAAAAGGUAUUUGUAGCUAUAUUAACUUAAUGUAAAUGAGGCAAAUAGCCUGAAAAGGAACUUAAUUCAGAUCAAAUUGUUGUAAAUGUAUUUUCAUUUAAUUACAAAAUCCUUUAAAACAUGCUAUGUAUAAAUAUAAAAUACAAAGGCAAUAACACGAAUACAGUACAUGUAGAAAUGGUAGACAUUUCUAGUUAGUUCCUGACAUAUACAAAUCAUUGAUUUCACUGCUAAAUAAAAAUAUAACAUUGUUCAAAAAUAAAGUUCAUGUUGCAUUUCAUAAAUGGUCAAAGUGAAAUGUCAAGGUUGAGACAGAUAGUGGACAUGGGAGUGUUUUGGAGUCAGGCCCCUGUAUAGUGGCUCACAGUUUGUUUUGAAUUUAUACAGGAUUUUUUAAAAUCUGCUGUUUUAUACUCAUACAGUCUUGGACUCAUGUAUGUCAGCAAAUAAACCGUGUCCAUUAAAUGCUAUCUCAAAAA